AUGUCGAGCCAACCGAAGAUCGAUCCUAAGAAGCAGCAGGAGCUUCAGAUCCAGUACUCCAACUUCAAGAACACACUCCAACAAUUAGCACAAAAGAUUGGGGAUAUUGAACAAGAGGCUGAAGAACACAAACUCGUUAUUGAGACACUGGAACCCCUUCCUCAAGACCGGAAAUGCUUUCGCAUGGUGAAUGGCGUCCUUGUUGAGCGAACAGUCAAGGAUGUUCUUCCCACUCUCAAGACCAACUCGGACGGGCUCAAGCAAGUUCUGGAAGAUAUGUUGAAGCAGUACAAGACGAAGCAAACAGAGUUAGAUAGCUGGAAGAAAAAGAACAACAUCCAAGUUGUCCAGCCUUGA